AUGGUGUUGAAUUUCCUUCUAGCCCUCUCUCUCUUCCUCUUCUUUCUCAUCCGAAAACAAGAAAAGGACUAUGAAAAUACUCCUCUGCCACCAGGUCCACGAGGCCUUCCCUUGAUCGGUAACUUACACCAAAUUGAUAGCUCAGCCCCUCAUGUCUACUAUUGUGAGCUUUCCAAGAAAUAUGGUCCUCUCGUGAUGUUGCGACUUGGUUUUAGGCCAACCCUAGUAGUUUCUUCAGAAGGAUGGAAUGUAUUUCUCGCCGGAAGGGAUACAAGUUCUGUUGCAAUAGUUAGGGUCAUGACCUUUUUAAUGAAGAACCCCAGAUCAAUGAAGAGAGCUCAAGAAGAAGUCAGAAAUUUGUUCGGGAAGAAAGGUUUUGCGGAUGAAAAUGAUGUCCAAAGUCUUGUUUAUCUCAAAGCAGUGGUGAAAGAAACCUUUAGAUUACAACCGGUAGUUCCAUUGCUAAUCCCACGAGAAACAAUUCGAAAGUGCAACAUUGGGAACUAUGAGAUUCCAGCUAAACCUCUAGUUUACGUGAGUGCAUCGGCAAUCGGAAGAGAGCCCGAAGUUUGGGAAAAUCCGGAAAGCUUCUAUCCGGAGAGAUUUCUUGGUAGUUCCAUUGACUAUAGGGGACUGGACUUUGAAUGGAUCUCAUUUGAUGCUGGUCGAAGACGUUGCCCUGGAAUUACCAUGGGAACUGUAGUGGUGGAGCUCGCGCUUGCUAAGCUUCUUUACAAAUUUCAUUGGGAAAUGCCUGAUGGGAUGAUUAAGGAGGACUUGGACCUCGAUGUGAAUCCAGACCUUACCAUGUCCAGGAAAAAUGAUCUUUGCUGA